CACAUGCAACAUUAGUCAUUGUACAUAAAAUAGGGACCUCUUUGCCAUCAAUCAUAUAUACACACACUUUCUCCCCCCUAAAAACCAAAAAGAAAGAGCUCAAAAGAUAUGGAUCACUAUUCAUCUCAAACAGCAUCAAUGGUAGUCAUCAUGGUGAUGAUCAUUAUUCAAAGCUUGGUAGCUAUAGCCUUAAACGAACCUAUUCACAUGGAUGCCAACACUGAGUUCAUCAAGACCUCAUGUGGUGCCACAACGUACCCCGACCUCUGCUUCACCACACUCUCAAGCCACGCCUCUGAAAUCCAGAGCAGCCCUCAGCUGUUGGCCGGGGCAGCUCUCUCGGCCACGCUCAAAACGGUGUGUUCAGAAUCAACCACAAUGACAAAGCUGGCCAAAUCCCAAGGCUUGACUGUCAGAGAAGCUGCAGCCUUAAACGACUGCAUUGAGGAGCUUGGGGACUCGGUGGAAGAGCUUCAGAGGUCUGUUGGUGAAAUGGGCAAGAAAGAUAUGAACUUUGAGAUGCAAAUGAGUGAUAUUGAGACUUGGGUUAGUGCUGCUUUGACUAAUGAAGAUACUUGCGUUGAUGGGUUUUCGGGCAAUGCCAUGAAUGGAAAUGUCAAGACCACUGUGAGGGGACACAUUGUUAAUGUUGCUCAUAUGACUAGCAAUGCCUUGGCUCUUGUUAAUCACUAUGCUAUCCUUCAUGCUUAGGCCUUUUUCUUUUUUGGGUGGGAUUCAUUUCAAUAGGUUUGGUGUGGUUGAUGAUGAAGAUUAGUAGACCUGUUUGUCAUAAUUAUAUAUAGUUAUAUAUUGUAGACUGUGUUUAAUUAGUGAGAUUACCAUAGCAAUAGUGGGGAGUUAAAGUCUUGACCUUUAAUCACAUGCUUGUAUGUAUUUUCACCUUUGUUGUCUAGUUAGUUUGAUAAAUAAAUGUAUGAAGUUUGGAUUUUGAAA